ACGGUGAAGGUGCCUGUCUCUUCAUAACCCUAUCAGUGAGCACGUUUCUUUAAUCGUCGAUCUCGUCGUCCAUCCCGUUUUAAUCCGAGAAAUAAACCGGAAAAAGAAAAACAAGUGAGACAAGAUGAUGUUGGCGCCGCUGGCCGUGUUAUUCUUCGCGGCGUUAGUGUACGCCCAACCAGCAAUAAACGAAAUUCGGCCACAAAGCAACAGACCAGGAAGAUUCCUGUCUCUUCCUGUACCGCAGAAAUGUGCAAACCGACCGAGAGAAUUCAACUACAGAGGGCACAAUUAUUUCUACAGCGGGCACGUUCCGGCUCACGCAAACCAGAGGGUGGAUUGGUUAGACGCUAGGAACAUCUGCAGAGAGUACUGCAUGGACCUUGUGUCGAUGGAAACUCAAGACGAGAACAACUUAAUCUUCAGACUCAUUCAACAAAACGAUGUUCCUUACAUCUGGACAUCUGGACGUCUCUGCGACUUCAAAGGCUGCGAGAAUCGUCGUGAUCUCGAACCCAAAGCCCUCUAUGGUUGGUUCUGGUCAGCCAACAGAAAGAAGAUGGCGCCAACAAAUCAAAUCCCCGAAGGUUGGUCCUUCAAUCCAUGGUCUCAAACUGGACACAAGAAGGUCAGACAACCGGACAACGCUGAAUUCGACAUAAAUGGCACCAGUGAGUCCUGCAUGUCCAUCCUAAACAACGUCUACAAGGAUGGAAUCAGCUGGCACGAUGUGGCUUGCUAUCACCAGAAACCAUUCGUCUGCGAGGACUCCGAAGAACUUUUGAACUACGUGGCCAAUACCAAUCCGAACAUACGCCUUUAAAGGCCUCGUGAAUGAAUAAUUCGCGUCAUCAGCACCUGUUUUAUCCCUUUCUCUUGCAGCUUAGACGAAACACGAGUUAAAACAAAAAGAAAACAAAGGAAAAGUAAUCGUUGAACGUUUUAUUUUAUAUUAUUUAUGUGAAUUAGCUCCCUAUCAGCAUUAAAGCAUUCAUUUGGAUUACAAAAAAAAGGAAUAUUUUAUAUCGAAUAUAAAAUUUAUAUAAAUUUAAAUAUUAUUGAGGAACUGUGAUCAGAAUUUUUCAAAGGCACUUAAUUAUUUCUUGCAAUGUAAUACAAAAGUUGUUACACUAAUUAUAUAUACAUGUUAUACAUGUAUUAAAAGUAUUUAUUAAGCGUUCAUGAAUAUUAAAAUGUGUUUCGUCGCUGCACUUUUCCUGCACUCAUUUUUCAAAAGAAAUCAAUUAUAUUUUACAUUCUGUUUAAUUUGUAAUUACAGUAUCAGUUAAUUAAUGAUGUAAACAUAUUUAUUAAUAGACAUUUGGCAUACAAACUCUGUACAUUUAUGAAUAAACUUUAUUUGUAGGUA